UUGUGCGCGCAAUUGUUCUGGUAUGGAUACUGAAAUCUGAACAAGCUCGGUGAUCGAUGACAGCUCCGUAUAGCUCUCGGUGAUACCUGUGCGUGAUUCGGAUAGCGGUUGUGAAGUUUGUGCCUACUCAGAGUGCAAAUCGUCGCAGCAUGAAGUUGUUCUUCGGUAUCUCUGUGUUGAUCGGUCUAUGGGCAUUGACGGUGAGUUCGGAGCCGGAGACGAAUCGAACGAGUGAGGCCGAGACACCCAAGAACAAAACCGAGCCCGAGGCUUUGAAAAUCAGCCUCCAGGAUAGACCGAGAGAAGGCCGCGGAGAGUCUAAAAAAAUAGAAGAGACCCCCAAACACAAGGACGAUGGGGAUGCUGACGAGUCAAAGGAAGAGUCCAGUGAGAGACAGGUUCGGUCCCGCGUUCCAUACGGCUACAAGCCCGGUAUCCAAGGCGGGCCUCGAGGUCUUCCACACGCGCCAGUGAAUUUCGGAAGCUUCAAGAGAGUUCCGUCAGAAAAUCAAAGCGACUCCGCGCUAUCGCUCUUCGAAAAAAACAUGAACGACUGCAUCCAUCGCCUUCACAACGAGGUCCGGGGUCUAGGGACGAAACCUCUGCUACGAUCACCCCCUGCCAUACGACCUCUGCCCCAGAAUCAGGCAGAUCCUCCUUUCAUAGGACCUCAGCCUGCGGGGCCCCUUGUUGGACGCGGGCCGGUGUAUCCUGCAUUGAAUAAACAGCAAAAUCAUCGUUUCCCUCACGGACCGAUGCAGCUAACACAGGGUGGCUUCCGACCCACUUUCGGACCUCACCAUCAGACGUCACCGCCUGGGUUCAACAACGAUUUCAACGGGUUAUUCAGACCCUUCGGACUGCGGGCGUCGUCAUUCGGCAUCAGCCCGGGCUCCGAAGAGCGCUUCACGAAUGCGUUGGACACCGACGUCCCGUUCAACCAUUUCGGUCCUCAGCAUGCAUUCUCAUCUCUGGGCCAUAACAGCACUCAGUUCGGAGUCAACCAUUUCCAAUCUGCUGUUGAUUUCAAUGGAGGCUUCGGUCCGCUAGCGAAUUUCGGGGGCUCUCUGAACGGAGUUCCACAGAGCCUUGGGUUCUCUGGUUUGAUCAAUAGCGCGGAAAACGAUUUCAUCGGUUUCGGGGGAAACGCAUUCGGCUCUCGUGGCUUCGGGAACGGCAACCCGACUUUCGACGGCUACUUCCAGGGUUUCAACUCCAACCCUUUCCCCGUGGAUGCGGGGGAUAUGAGGAUCCAAUCGAACAGCCUCGGAGACGGAGGCGCUUUCUCCAGCCAAGCCGGGGACGUGAUGUCGAACGCGAUGAAUCACCAUGCUGGCGUAGCCAGAUCGCCUAUGCAGAGCUUGACUCAACAUGCUACUAAUAUUCCCCGCCCGAUCCAACCGAUCUUCCCCGCUGCUGCGGCCAAUGCUCAGAACCCCACUGCGGGCUUGUCGGUACCGAUGCCUCCGACUCCCGCAGACAAUCGCCCCUACUCCAUCCUUCCAGGUGGAAAUUUCCACUCGGCGGCCAAAUCAGCUUCGGACAUUCACUACGUCAAUAGACCAUUCAUGAAGCCGCCGUGCGCGUCUUCCCGGAAGAACGUUACGUUCUGCGUCAAAGAUGAUCAAUAUCCGAGGGAUUCGGUCGUGCAGAGCGCCUUCUCAGAUCCCUUGACAGCACGCCGACUUGUUCCGUACAUCCCCGACGAGGAAUUGGUUUCGGCUGAAUCGAAUGACGUGAAAAUGCGAAGCUCAUUGAGCGAAGCUUGCAGCGCGGAGACUAAUCUGAUACGCCCGAUGAGAGCGAAGAACACGAAAGGGAUGUGGAAAGUCAUUGUGAACGUAGACACUCCCUUAAAUGGGCAGCAAUACAAACAGCUCAUUCAUACCGAGACGUGCAGGAAAACCGGAGCUCAGUGUCACGCUUCACGCAAAUCUGUGUGCGUCCAAAAGUUCACCAUGCAUCGCCUGGCAGCAUGGUCCCCUCAGGAGGGACUCCACAUGGACUCCUUCCGCUUUCCGAUUGCGUGCUCUUGUCUAUUAGCUUGA